AUGUCGCUCGCCGAUUACAACAGAAACCGAUCAAACGGGACUCUUGGUCUCGCGUCCACGUCUGACGCGACCGAUAUGGGAUGGAGAUCGCAUGUUCGGAACUCUUCUGCAGCCAACACCUAUGACAAGCAACCAUCUACCGAUUCAGAAAACGACUCUGACGGGUUUAAUUUCGAAGCCUACAAGCAAAAGCGAUUUCCAAAUGCUACGACGGAAUCUGUGGCUAGUCGAAGUUCGAGCGCGUUGGGCAUGGCGUCGACGGCCGCCUACGCGUCAAAUGACAACCUAUCCACAGCACAGCAGGCGGAGCGACGAAGAACAGCGAAUAGCACCUCGACGAACCAAGGCAAUGCAACAGGGAGCAAGCUAAAGAGUCUAUUGCAACGGCAGAAUAAUCGAUCCACAGCCGGUACGAGCCGCACGCCUGGCCCGGUCAAUGGACGAAUAUCAACUACGCAGUCCAAAGUCACUCCUCCUCAAGCACAGACUCAAGUUCCCAACUCGAAGCGUGUCUCUCCCACAGACCAUCUUCAGUUACACCGCGCGUCUCCUAAGAUUACGGAGCCACCUCGAUCAGACGCGACGAUCAAACCAAGUGAAAGAGGGUCGCUCGAGGUGAACACUGCGGCAAAGAGACCAACCUCAGUCCCCCCGAAAGGCGGUGGUAAAGGGAACGACUCGUCUUCGAGCGAAGAUGACGAUUUCAUGUCGGACGACGAAAGACUCGCCGUCGGUCUCGCUGCUCGAAAGCAGUUUCGAGUCCUCACAGAGAAACUGGAGGCUCUCCAAGCGGCCUUUAAGAAGGAUCCUAGGAACCAAGGCCUAUCCCCUGCUCAGAUGGAAGCAGAGUUGGAAAAGCUCGAGUUGGAGGAUAUGGAUGACCGGCUUCUCUACAAAGAGCUGUGGGAGUAUGUUCGACGGAAUGGCCAACUUGGGCCGCAUUGGGAAAAGCACAUUGUGCAUAGAAAGAAGACGGCAGCAUCAGAUGACGAAAUCCUCCUCGCAUUGAACAGCGGUCGACGUUCGAUGAGUGAUAAGAAUAGUGCAGACGUUCAUGACGCAGCGGAAGCGGGGAUUUGGCUCCGCUUGAAGUCCCGUUACAGAGUGCGUCGUCCUGUAUUGGCGCACCUGCGAACAUCCUCCAUCGAUGUUCCUCCUGGACCAGGCUCGGCAAACGCUGCGCCUGCAUAUGCAUCUUCUCCAGAUGCACAAUACCCACCUCGCACAUCGACUGUGGGAGCUGGUAUGACGAACAAGCCACAGGGAACCGCCAUUCGGACAGAAGAGGAUGAAGAUGACGUUCCAUUGCCUCAGGGGCGCUUUGAAAAGCUUGCUCUCAACGAUACCCUUCAACUUCGUCACCAUCAGCUUUCUCAAACAGGCUCGACCCAUACCGCUCCCGCCACUCUCCCUCCAUCUGCUGUGAUUUACGAACCUCCGCCUCCGCGAUCUACCAAGACUCGGCGUCGUUCGCCUUCCGGUGCAACGCAAACAACUAUGCGUGCCUCUACUCAGUCCACCGCACCGGAUCGGGAGUCGCAAAUUUUGGAGAAACGACGUUCGGCAAACCAAACCGCGCCCACUCUUCCACCUAGCUCACGGUCCCGCACCGGAUCAUCGCAGACUCUGCCCUCCCAGCCUAUACAACCUCAGCCGCAACGCUUGGAUCGCUCAGCGUCACGGCGAAAAAAGGAGCCGAGUGGAGAUGAUAGAAGAGGAAUGGUGGGGAACGGAAUAUCUCGACCGGGCAGUAGCAAAAGUGCAAAGCCAGAAGAAGAGCCGAGCGACGCGUACGAAUCCAACGAACCAUCUCCGUACGAGCAACCGAAUCCUGGCCAAUAUGCUCCACUGUCACGCUCCGGUCUCCAGCAGCCGCCAGCGUCUUAUCCAGACGUCUGGCAAUCGCAGUCUCAUACGCCAUAUGCCGGGAAUCAGUACGAGUCAAUGGGUCCGCCAAUGAGCAGGGGUCCUCCGCCAGCGCAAAUGAUGAUGCAUGGAGGAUAUAUGCAACACUCGUACGGUCAGCAAGGGUAUUCACAGAUGGAUCCAAAUCGAUAUCCCUACGGAGCUGGUAUGCCUAUUGGUGCGACUCCUGGGAAUACGGAUGCCCAAGCGAUGCGGGGGAGUUAUAUGCCCAAUAAUUCUCCUCAGGAGCCUCCUCUACAAGAAAGAUCGAAGGAUACCACGUAUAUCCAAGUCAAUGGUCACCAGUACCAGCGAUUAGAGCUGAUCGGCAAAGGCGGCUCCUCGCGAGUUUAUCGAGUUUUACGGUGCAAGGACAACAAGCAGUUUGCUCUCAAAAAGGUUGAACUGCAAUCGUUGGACGAAGAAUCGAUGCGCGGGUAUACGGAAGAAAUUAAGAUGCUCAAGAGAUUGUCGGGGAACAAGUCUAUCGUCAGUUUAAUCGACGAUGAGCUACGGGGAAAGGGCAGUGGAACGCUCUACUUGGUAAUGGAGCUCGGAGAGAUUGACUUUGCACGGUUACUCGUCGAGCGGCAAGGAACGCCGAUAUAUCUUCCGUGGAUUACCAUGUACUUCAAACAGAUGCUCGAGUCUGUUAACAUCAUCCACGAGGAACGAAUCGUUCAUUCCGAUUUGAAGCCGGCAAACUUUGUCCUGAUGAAGGGAAUGCUCAAGCUCAUCGACUUUGGGAUUGCCAAGGCAAUCGCAAACGACACGACGAACAUUCAUCGAGAGUCCCAGGUUGGAACCAUCAACUACAUGAGUCCCGAAGCCGUCGACUCGACCCCAGAUGAUGAAAAGCAUCGCAAGGUUGGACGAGCUUCCGACGUCUGGUCGUUGGGAUGCAUCUUGUAUCAAAUGGUCUACGGAUCACCGCCCUUUGCUGCCCUCAGCUUUCAACAAAAGGCGAUUGCAAUCAUGCGAGAAGACUAUGCGAUACCGUUCCCAGAGUACGCUGUACCCGUCAUCCCGAAAGAGCGAUCGGGAACGGGGCGACCGGAACCACAAGAGCACCUCAAAGUCAAGGUCCCAAAGGAGCUUGUCGCUACGAUGAAGGCGUGCUUGCAUCGAGAUUCCAAGCAACGGCCGACGAUUUCUCAGCUGUUAGAGGAGCCGUGGCUCAAUGGAUUCUACGCUAUCGACAACCCCACGACAAAGGCACCGAAGCCGCAGCUAAGCGAGGACCAAGCCAUUGUGUCCGGUCACUACCUGGCGCAACUCUUAUCCUACGUCAUUCGAUGUCACGAUCCCUCGUGGGAUCCAGAGGCGCAGGAAUCUGUCAAGUGGCUCGAGGACAUGUCCAAUACUAUUAUGCCCCAAUUGCGAGAUCUUGACAUUGGAAAUCUCCGAGAGGGCGAUUAA